UUUCUAUCGACACUGCGCAUGCGCACUUUGCACAUGGAGGCUGAUGAAUGAGUUGUAGCUAUUUUCUUCAAAAACUUUGUUAUCUUCCGAUAGUAUUUUAGCCAAACGUAUCAGCCGAUUCGUUUUCUGCUUUUUAAUAACAAGUAAAAUAUAUGAUAUUUUGCGUGUAUUCUCCAGAGUAUGGUAUAGUCUGGCGGUGUUUGUUGUCUGUACAGGUCAGUUGUUGUUGUUGUUGUUGAUCUGCGGUCAGUGAUGGAGGCUCCGCCGGUCACUGUGAUGCCCGUCACGGGCGGAACCAUCAACAUGAUGGAGUAUCUUUUGCAAGGCAGCGUGUUGGAUCAGUCCCUGGAGAGUCUCCUGCAUCGACUGCGAGGUCUGUGUGAUAACAUGGAGCCGGAGAACUUUGCUGAUCACGAGCUGGUGUAUCUGCUGAAGGGUCAGCAGGGCAACCCGUUCCUCCUGCGCGCACGCCGCUCGCUGCUUCACCCCACCGCCCCCUGGCACCUGCGCUAUCUCGGCCAGCCCGAGGUGGGCGACAAGAGCCGGCACGCCCUGGUGCGCAACUGCGUGGACGUGGCCGCCUCGCACAGCUUACCGGAGUUCCUCAAUGAGAUGGGCUUCCGCAUGGACCACGAGUUUGUGGCCAAGGGCCAGGUGUUCCGGAAGGGCGCGAUGAAGGUGGUGGUGAGCAAACUGUCACGCAUCCUGGUUCCAGGAAACACGGAGAACACGGAGCCGCUGUCUCUGUCGUAUCUGGUCGAGCUGAGCGUUCUGGCUCCGGCGGGACAGGACACGGUGUCUGAGGACAUGAGGAGCUUCGCAGAGCAGCUGAAGCCUCUGGUGCACCUGGAGAAGAUCGACCCCAAACGCCUCAUGUAGCGCUGACUGUGACCUGCCACUUCAUUUCCCUGGAGGCCUGACAUGUCCUUUGUGAUAUUUUGAUGAAAUCCAUGAUUACUCCAUGAUGAACUGAAUGAUAAAAACUGACAGAUCAACCUCUCAUGAGUUUUGCGUCAAUUCUCAGAUGACAUUUCUUAGACAAAUCAUUUUAAACAAGAUAUAUACCACUCUUUCUUGAGAAAAAGUAAUUCUGUGAAAGCAUUUGUGAAUCCAUUCUUGCAUAAAAUGUUGCUUUGAUUUAAACGUGACAUUAUGAUUUUUCCAUGUUCAUCUGUCUUUAGUGUGUAAUGUUGCUGUUUGAUCAUGAAAAAGCUCUGAAGUUCAUAUAUUCUCUAUAUUAGUGUCAGUGUUUCUGAACUCCCUGAAACGCCUCCAUUGUAGUCUUGAGUUUUCUUCACAAUAUUCCUCAUUUAAAUAAUUCAUACACAGAAUAAAGGGGCGGGGCCUGGUUGAGUUAGUACAAAAACAAAACAAAAAUAAUGACUUUAUUCAACAAUCUCUUCUCUGUAAUUAUCACAUGAUCAGCACGAUGCAUGCGUGUGAUGCUGACGCAGGAGCCGACCAAUAAUGAGUCAGCAUUCGGACGUAGAACCUGGAAACGCUGACGUAAACAACGUAUGAGAAUGACACAGAAGAGAAGAGAUUGUUGAAUAAAGUCAUUAUUUUUGUUUUGUUUUUGUUCACAAAAAGUAUUCUCGUCUCUUCGUCACAUUAAGGUUGAACCACUGCAGUCACAUGACUGUUUUAACGAUGUCUUUAGUAUCUUUCUGGACCUUGAAAGUGUUGAUUAUAUUGCUGUCUAUGUACGAGUCAUAUACCUCUCAGAUUUCAUCAAAAAUAUCUUAAUUUGUGUUCUGAAGGUGAACGAAGGUCUUAUGGAUGUGGAACAACAUGAGGGUGCAACUCACUAAUUACUACUGAGCAACUUUAGUUUUGUAUCAUUCUUAUGUUUAUGCCAACUCAAAAUAGUUAUGUCAGUCGAUUUCCUGAAGAUUAUCAUGCAUCAUCAAUUAUAUUUCAGUCAAUGUUUUUUCAACCCUUAAAAGUCCUCUGCUGUGCACUGACAGAUCAGUCUCUAAAACAAUGAUAAAAAUGUCAUUUUAAUCUCCAAUUUCUUCUCCUAAUAAUGUCUCAAUCACCCAUCAACACAGUCUUCUAUAACCAUAAGAUCAACAAUCCUUCAUUGGAUAGUGUUUUUAAUGUUCUUUGUCUGCUCACUGAUGAAGUCAGGGCCAACAUCAUAAAAUUACUGGUCAGAUGAGCUUUUCAAAGCAGCCAAAUACCAGCAGAGCUCAGAUUUUCUAAAGAAUAAUACAGAUCUGUCAUGAAAUAAAUUCAAAUCAAGCAUAA